AUGGGUACCUCUUCUUCACACCCAAUUUUUUUGGCUCUUAAUGAGCUGCUCAGAUCGAAGAACUUAAAAGUUAAGAAAAGUACCUUAGAGAGAUUCCUAGAGGAGUGUGACGUCGUAUCUCCCUGGUUUGCAGUUUCAGGUAGCCUCACCAUCCCGUCCUGGGAGAAAGUUGGCAGGGACUUAGACUUCGCCUUUGAGCAAGGAACACUCAAAGCUGGUGUCAGGCCUGUAUGGAAGCUGGUUCGCGGGUGCCUAGAGGACCAGCGAUGCAAUGAAGCCAUAGAAAAUGGACAGGCAGCUUUAGAGAGUUUGCAGGAGGAGAGAUCGGAAAAGGCAAAUAGUGAAAGAGCAAGUAGGGAAGGGAAAAGUAAGGGACGGAAGGGCGCCCCAAUUCCAUUGUACCCAGACCUCUCUGAGCUUGAAGGACUGGAGAUGUCCAAUUCAGAUGAGGAGAUGACUUCUGUAAUAGAAAUGAUGGAGAAUAUGGGCCUAAGCAGAAAAGACAAAAUGAAGGAGAAAAAGGGCCUCGAUAAGGUUGAGAGAGAAGAGAGCUGUAUGCAUGGGAAUUGUCAAGCCCAGCCAUUGGCCCCUUCUCCAUACACGAAUGGAGGAAGUGGAGGGUCUGGUCAUACUUUUAGUCCGGGAGUUUGGAGAACAGUGAGAACAGAGCUUCGAUUGGCUUAUCCAGUGUUCCAAGACCCACAGGGGAAUCGAUAUGAGGAACCUCUUGACUUUAAGGUCAUCAAGUCUUUAGCAGAAUCUGUUAGGACCUACAGCACUACCGCCACUUUUACCUUGGCCCAAGUUGAAGCAUUGAGCAGGCACUGCAUGACCCCUAGCGAUUGGGGUGGGUUGGCUCAGGCUUGCCUAAGUCCUGGGCAAUAUCUCGAUUGGAAGGCAUUUUUGAUUGAGUUUGCCAAUAAAGAGGCUGCGGCUAACCAAGCCAGAGGGCAGCCGGCUUGGGGCUUGGAUAUGCUCCUGGGCCAGGGGAGAUUCGCCAAUGAGCAGACUGGGUACCCAGUACAGGUUUAUGAACAGAUUAAUAAGAUUGGUAUUAAAGCCUGGAAGUCACUCCCAAACAAAGGUGAAGUCAGUGGCAAUCUUACUAAGAUCUUACAGGGCCCUACAGAGACUUUUUCAGAUUUUGUAGCUCGCAUGGUUGAGGCUGCAGGCAGAAUUUUUGGGGAACCUGACACAACCAUGCCCCUGAUUAAGCAACUUAUUUAUGAGCAAUGUACAAAAGAAUGCAGGGCUGCCAUAACCCCGAAUAAGAACAGGGGGCUAGAGGUAUGGAUGAAGGCUUGCCGAGAACUAGGGGAGCCCCUGACUAAUGCUGGUCUAGCAGCAGCUGUAGUUCAGCUAACUCAAAAUAAAUGA